GUAAUUUGUGAACUGGCUUGGAACGUUUAACCUGUUAGGUAUGCCUUAAUUGACGUGAAAAGUCACUAAGAAUAGCGAGUUUUGAACAUUUCUCAUCCAUUUCGAUCUUAUUUCGUUGUCGAAUUCACGCGUAGCGUUUUUCAUUUAAACGGCGUGUUGUUAUGCAGCCUUACCACCAUUGUUGUCGAUGGUCUAAACACCCACCGUCUCCCACUACCUCAAUUCAAAAAAUGGCAGAGCUGAAGCCAGAAAAAGAUUUUACGGAGGAGUAUCAAGCCCUCAUUGAUUCAUUGGAUCGUGUCAAAAUUGAUGCCUCCUUGGAGAAAUUGUUGAUUUUUGAAAAACAAGUGCGUCAGGCUUCAGAUAAUGCCACGAACACUAAGAUACUUAUUUACAUUGCUGAUCUUUUGUAUCAAGCUAAGGAUUACAAGCUCUUGAACGAGCAACUCGUUAGUUUAUCCAAAAAACAUGGACAGCUGAAACAAGCUAUGACGAGCCUGGUGCAACAUGUGAUGGGCUACCUCGAUGAUAUCAAAGACAAGAAGAUUAAGAUUGAUCUUAUUGAAACGUUGCGAGGCAUCACAGACGGCAAAAUCUACGUUGAAAUUGAACGUGCCCGUCUUACGCGACUUUUGUCCAACAUCCGUGAAGAAGAGGGAAAGAUUGAGGAGGCUAAAGAUAUCUUGUGUAAUGAACCUGUUGAAACGUACGCGUCUCUCGACCAGAAGGAGAAGGUCGAUCUUAUUUUAGAGCAGGUCCGGUUACACUUGCUGUGUUCUGAUUACUACAUGGCUUCUACCUUUGCCAAGAAGAUAUCCGUCAAAUUCUUUGAAAAGGAGGAGGUCCAAGAUCUGAAACUCAAGUAUUAUGAGCAAAAAAUUCGCAUCGGGUUGCAUGAGGAUGCAUAUCUUGACGUGUGUAAAUACUAUCGCGUCGUUUAUGACACAGCCAGUAUCCAAGCAGACCCCGAGAAAUGGCGCGAAAUUCUUGAGAAUGUUGUGUGCUUCGUAUUGUUGGCGCCUUAUGAUAACGAGCAGGCUGAUUUACUGCAGCGCGUGAACGCCGAUCGCAAAUUGUCUUCUUUGCCUCUGUUGCAACAGCUUGUUAAAUGUUUCACCAUCAAUGAGCUGAUGCGCUGGCCCCGCAUUGCAGAAAUUUACGGUGAAGUUUUACGAAGCACUGCGGUUUUCGCAGCUGGUGAUGAGAAGGGCGAAAAGCGCUGGUCUGAGCUGCGUAAGCGUGUUAUCGAGCAUAACUUGCGUGUCAUUGCUAAAUACUAUACCCGUAUCCGUUGUGAUCGCUUGAGUAUUCUGUUGGAUCUGUCCGCUGAGGAAACAGAACAGUUUUUGUCAGAGCUUAUUACAAAGGGACACUUUUAUGCCCGUAUUGACAGACCUGCCGGUACGGUUUCGUUCAAAAAGGCAAAGAAUGUACACGAACAACUUAAUGAGUGGUCAGCAAGCAUUACCUUUUUGCUGAACAGAGUCGAAAAAACGCGACAACUGAUUUUGAAGGAGGAGAUGAUGUACUCUAUUCAACAGGAAGUCGCAAAGUAAAUUUACGCAUGCUUGUAGAGAUUAUGAAAUACGAAUGAUUAAUCAUUUCAACAUUAUGGAUAAUGCAAUAUUUGUUUGUAUUCGCAACGAGGUUACGAUACUGUCUGAAGGUUGCCUUGUUUAUCAAAACGAGCUUGGAAGAAUGUGUAGCUAAGAAGAAUUUCGUCGACGUUUUUCAUGUUCGGGUCGUCAUCGAAUUCUGGAUCAAUGAAAAAGAAUACCGGCAAGUCGACUUUCUCGUGAGCAUCGAGACGCUGUUCCUCAAAGCAAAAACAAGCUACUUUAUUAAAGUAGAGUGCGGCCUGUUCGGGGACAAUGUUGUAUGUAGCUACCCCAAUGAUAUCGUGAUCACUUUUAUUUUCUGCAGAGUAAA